AGUGAGUGCCAGAAAAACCUCGCCAUUCAACAGACAAAUCUAUUUCAGCUUGACAGUAUUCAGUUUGACUAUGGCCACUGUGAAAAGGACGAUACAGGAAAUGGCUACAGCGCAGGUAUUGCUAAUUUCUGCACAGGAAUAGGAGACCUGUGGGAGGUGAUAAAAAUCUACCACAUAGCGACCAAUGGCGACGACGAGUUUACAAUUUUUGACGAAACUCUCCAAAAGUAUGCCAACGAAUUGAAUGGUACGACUGCUGGCUUGAAGGAUUUCUGCAAGGUGUGGAAUAAGGCAGCUGCUGUGCAAGAGUUCAUGGAUGCACAAGAUGAAAUAUUGGAUAGUCUUUACUUUAAGCCCUCUCAAGAGUAUUCUGACAAGUUGGGAUUAAACCUCAGUAUUAGCCAGGCUCAAUUAUAUGACACAUCUAUUUCACAUGGUGCUAGCAAUAACAGUCAUAGCCUUGGGGGCAUGAUU